GGUACCUCCUCUCCUCUCCCCUCCCCUCCCUCCCGCUCGCCGCUUCCUGGGCCGCACACCGUCGGCGGCGGGCGCGGCUGCGCGCGGAUUCGAGCGCUGCUGGAGAUACUUCUCAUUGUUGCACAGAUGGAUGUUUGAAAGUGGUACUGCCAAACACUCGCAAGCAUGGAGACCUCGUCGAUGCUGUCCUCACUGAAUGAUGAGUGUAAAUCAGAUAAUUACAUUGAGCCUCACUACAAGGAAUGGUACCGGGUAGCCAUUGAUACGCUGAUUGAACAUGGGUUAGAAGCAUACCAUGAAUUUCUUGCCAAGGAACGAGUAUCAGAAUUUCUAGCUGAGGAAGAAAUUAAUUAUAUUUUGAAAAACGUCCAGAAAAUGGCACAAAGUACAGUACAUGGCACUGAUAAUUCCUGUGAUGAUACCUCAUCCUCAGGGACUUACUGGCCCAUUGAGUCUGAUGUGGAAGCUCCAGAUCUUGACUUAGGCUGGCCCUACGUGAUGCCCGGACUCUUAGGGGGCACUCAUAUAGACCUCCUCUUUCAUCCACCAAGAGCACAACUACUUACAAUUAAGGAAACUAUUCGGAAAAUGAUAAAAGAAGCCAGAAAGGUCAUUGCUUUAGUGAUGGACAUGUUUACAGAUGUGGACAUUUUCAAAGAAAUAGUGGAGGCAUCAACUCGCGGGAUAUCCGUAUACAUUCUGCUCGAUGAAUCCAACUUGCAUCAUUUCCUAAAUAUGACUGAAAAACAGGGUUGUCAAGUUCAACGUCUCAGGAAUAUUCGAGUGCGGGCAGUAAAAGGCCAAGAAUAUCUUUCAAAAACAGGAGCCAAAUUUCAUGGGAAAUUGGAACAGAAAUUUCUGUUAAUUGACUGCCAGAAAGUUAUGUAUGGUUCUUACAGCUAUAUGUGGUCAUUUGAAAAAGCUCACCUCAGCAUGGUUCAGAUAAUCACAGGACAGCUCGUUGAGUCUUUUGAUGAAGAAUUCAGAACUCUCUAUGCCAGAUCAUGUAUCCCCAGCUCAUUCGCUCAGGAAGAGUCAGCCCGGGGGAAGCGUGGCAAAGCUCUGUGGGAGAACGGCACUUACCAGCGUUCAGUCUCUUCAUUAGCUUCUGUUUCCAGCCAACGAAACUUUCUUGGUAGACAAGACAAUACUCAUAAACUAGAUCCUGGUUACUUCAAAAACAGAGGGAUAUACACCCGGAAUGAACAUGACAAGUAUGGCAUAAGAAAUCAUGGAUACAAACCUCCUUUUGUUCCAAACUUGAAUGGGCCAAAUACAAUCCGUCAGUAUCAGCCCAGUCAGAAUGAAAAUUGGAAGAGGCACAGUUAUGCUGGGGAACAGCCAGAAACAGCACCAUACCUGUUGCUGAACAGGGCUGUAAAUCGAAACAUCAAUCCUCCUGGUAAUUGGAAAAAGUCUUCAGAUAGUUUGGCAUCCUCAUCACGGGGAGGCUAUGCUAGCCACCAUAACACACCUCCCCAGAGUUUUGGGAAUUGGCUUGCCCAGAGGAAGACAACACAUUUUGCAGAAAGGAAUUCAAAUGUGCGGAGGUCUUUUAAUGGGACAGAUAAUCAUGUUCGCUUCCUGCAACAACGAAUGCCAACCCUGGAAAAUACGACAAAGUCAUUCUUGCGAAACUGGAGAAUUGAAUCCUACUUAAAUGAUCAUUCAGAAGCUGCACCUGAUUCUAAUGGAUCAGCUCUAGGUGACCGGCUUGAGAGCUAUGAUAGUUCUGAGAAUUUGAAAGCCAAUGCCCUUUAUACACAUUCUCGGCUUCGCCCCUCUCUUGUGUUUAAACCAACUUUACCUGAGCAGCAGGAAGUUAAUAGUUCUGCAACUGGCUCCUCAAAUUCAACUAUCAUUGGUUCCCAGGGAAGUGACAUACCUAAAGAGGUCCCAGAUACCCCUACAAGUGUAGAGCAUUCAACAGACAAACCUUUGCCAGAAUCAAUCCCCGAGCUACCAUCACGGUCAGAGAUGCCAAAAAUGCACCCCUCGAGGGUUCCUGAAAACCACUCAGAAGUCUUAAACCAAACUACGAGUGGCCAUACCGAGUCAAACAACUACUUAUAUACAAAUCUGUGUGUAAAUAAGCAGACAGAAAAUCUAAAGAAUCAACAAAAUGAUAAUAUGCUUAAAAGACGAAGUUUCCCAUUCUUUGACUACUCAAAAGCCAAUUUAGAUCAUGGAAAUAGUAAGCAUUAUGUAUAUAGCACACUUACCAGGAAUCGAGUCAGACAGCCAGAAAAACCCAAAGAGGACUUGCUGAAAAGUUCUAAAAGCAUGCACAAUGUGACUAAUAGCAUAGAAGAGCAGGAGGAGGUGGUCCAGAGAGAGCCUUCAGGUGGCACAACUACCAAGUCGGUUUCCAUUGCUGCUUUGCUUGACGUGAAUAAAGAGGAAUCUAACAAAGAACUCACUUCAAAGAAAGAAGUUAAGAGUUCCCCAAGCUUUUUGAAAAAGGGGUCUCAGAAGUUGAGGUCCUUACUUAGCCUUACCCCAGAAAAGAAAGAAACUCUAUCCAAAAGUAAAACAUCUCCCUUUUAUAGGAUGUGUAGUAGUUCUGACACUUUAGCUUCUGAGGCUGAAGACAAUCAAAACCCAAGGAAGUCAGAACCAAAAGUUGAUUCAUCUCCUAGAAGAAAGCAUACUUCCUCAACAAACUCCCAAAGCAGCAUCCACAAGAGUAAGGAAGAUGUAACAGUCAGCUCAUCUCAGGGGAUAAGUUCUGCAUCCAAUGAAAAUAAUGAAAUAAUACCUUCUCCAGGUCCCACUGAAAACAAGUUCUUAGACAGGGCAGGGGAUGCAUCUGCCCCAAGAUUUAAUACAGAACAAAUCCAAUACCGAGAUUCAAAGGAGAUUCGUACUGUUGCUGCUCCUGGAAGAAAACCAGCUUCUUCAAGGCCAAAGCCCAAUGAGCUUGUGAGGACUCAUUCAACUGACCGGCGCAUUUAUAGUCGUUUUGAGCCAUUUUGUAAGAUUGAAAAUUCUAUUCAGCCAACCAGCAACCUGCCAAAUGCCAAUAUACACCGCCCAGAAAUAAAAUCCUCAACUAUGGGUAAUAGUUAUGGCAGGUCCAGCCCACUGCUGAAUUACAACACUAAUGUUUACCACGCAUAUCAGCCAAAUGAGAACAAGUUUCGAGGAUUUAUGCAGAAGUUUGGAAACUUCAUACACAAAAAUAAAUGAGAUACUAUAAUUGCAAAUAGAUAUUAAAAUACAAAAUGAAUGUGGCUAUAAAUAUUUGUCUAAAGAACAUUGUGGACAGUUUUUGUAACAUGCCAAUAGAUUUCUGUAGGGGCAAAAUUUGGGGUAUGAUGUAUAUUUUUACCAACUUACUAUGUAAAGUUAUUCUGUGUGAUAAAGUUGAUUGUGCUUAAUUAUACUAAUGGAAUGGCUCUAUAAACAUCAUUUUUAAAUGGUAAAGGUAAAAAAUGUAAUUACAUUGUUUUCUUCAGAUUGAACACGUUAAAUCUCAAAAAAAACUUAAUGGCAAAAUGGUAUAUGGAUUUUAACCAUUUAUUCCAAAGUUUUUCCUUUCAUUUAAAGUCUUUUCUUUUAUAAAAGUAUCCUAAUACUAUCAGUGGCCCUUUAUAACACAUCUUUAUAGGGCUCUCAUAACUUCAGGUUAUGAGAAAAUAAGAAAAAGCCUUCUGGUUUUAAAUGGUCUUUAAAUUUUAUAGGAUAACUUGUUAUGUUUUAUUAAUGUUUUAUUACUUUUCCUGUGGAGCAUACAUAACAGGCUGGUUGGCACAGUAAAAUUUAAACUAUGUAGCUCAACAUACAUUUUUUUAUUGUGUCUGAGGGUGCUGGCGAAGUAUGGACCUCAGGUGGUACAAGGACAUCACAGGAAUUUGCUCUCCUUCUUUCCUGAGAACCAUCCAGGAUGUGCUUCUUUCCACUUUCCCAGGGAGGCUGUAUAUCACUCACCAGUCGGCUGCCAGCCUUGGUCGUUUCUUCCUUCAAACUUACAGCAAGCCCACAGGAAUUGGAAAACCUGAAUUAUUCCUACCCUUUUCCUAAUAUAAAGUAUUUUAGAGAACAUACAUUUCUACAUAAAUUUUUAUCUUAAUAUUGGUAUGACAAUGCUUAGGUGUUUUGAUUGCAAAAGUCUUUGCUCUUUUCCACAUGCUGUGCCAAAUACAGUGUGACUGGGGUGCAGUCAUGGGUGUGAGAAGUGGUGCUCUCAUCUAUUCUGCCAUGAGCAGGGGCCCUAGCUGAAGAGUUCAAGACUUUUUAGAUUUUGAUUUAAUGAGGGUACUCAGAUCAUGAGCUACCCUGUGCCUUUCUGAGAGUAAUGAAAGUUCCAUAUCCAUUACAGAAACUUUAACUUGGCUUUACUUCAUCCACAAAGAACAGAAUUCAAGAAACAGGGCACCAUUUGAAAAAUGGAAAGUGUUUCUACAACACUUUAAAUUUCACACCUACUAAGUUGCUGUAUGGGGUAGUAUUUUAAAAAUGCAAGAUUUAUUCAGAUAUUAUCUAUGUUACUAAAUAAUUAAAAUAGUGGCAUUAAAAUAUCUAUGUCAUUUGAAUAAUUUUCCAUAAAACCAUGAUAAGAAAUAUGAUGGGGGAAAACAAGACAGUUGGGAAAAGAAAACAUAUAUUGAAUACUUACCCUAGACCAAGUCUUGAGCCUGAACCUAAAGCAACCUCAGCAACAUUUUGUGGGUACCACUGCCCUCCUUAUUUAUAGUUAAUGAUCAAGGUGAUAAUUGAGACACUGAAAUUCAGACACAUAAUGCUCCAAGUCACAUAAAUAAUAAGUAAAGGUACUAAGGUGUCUAUAACAUCCUGGCACAUAACAUUACUUCCCAAAUGUGUUCAACUUCUGCCUUGCCCAAACUAUUAGGAAUUAAAUGAGAAAAAUGUUUAUAUUUCCUGACCCAAACAGCAUUCAACCAAAAAGGGUUUAGCUGAAUUCUACCAGACAACAAAGACACAUGGGGCUUAAAAUAACCAUAGUAGGUGGGAUUAAGGAAUUAAAUUGAGGUUGGUUUCUAAAUGUAACCUAGCAAGCCAGUUUUGAUUGCUAGGCAGUCAUUUUGAUCCUCUUCUAGUUGACCCGUGACAAUGAGAGGAAAGGAAGAGGAACCACUAGUGAGCUCUGACCUGCUUCUGUACUAGAGAAAAAAAGCCCAUUAGGGUAGGAAGCUAGACAGUGAAUGGAACUUAAAUAUAUAAUCUAGAUGAAUAUUCACAGUAAGUCUGUGAAGUAAGUAUCCCUUUUUUAAAAAAUAAGGAAACUAAACCACAAAGAAAUUAGUUAAGUUUCCAAGAGUUACACAACUCUGAAUUGGCAGAACUGGGGUUUAAACACAAAAGCCUGUAUUUUUAAUGCUAUACCACACCAUACCUUACUGGCCUCUUAUUCCUCUAGGCUUGAGGAAACUCCUUUGAAAGUCAUCACUCUCUUUUGCUCUCCCUUUACAAAUUGCAAAAAUAUAACAGGAACUAGAGAGCAACAGCACUUAAUAAACAGAUUGAGAAUAUACUAUUCAGUUUUACCUCAUUCACUAAAGUAGGUUUUAAACCUCUCAUUAAAACCUAGGGAAUUCCCAAGUACUGCAACAUAGCAUUUUAUUGCUUUGGUAAAUUGAGUGUAAUAGAGUGAAAAUUCUGCACUGUAAUAAAUAAAUAAAUUUAUUUAUUAUAGUUUGUAAUAAAUUAAUAGCCUAAAAAUAAAACUUGUAGAGGGGAAGAGUCAUUUUUCAUAGUAAAGGUAACCAGGGAUAUUUAUAAAAACAAAAAACUUUGAAAUGUGUAUUUCCUUGUAAUAAGAAAUGGAAUUCAGUUGCAUUAAAAAAAAGCUACUUCUGAUUGUUAGUGGGUUGAUUUUAGAGUCAUCUAGAAAUUGUAAUAUCUUCACAGACAGUGCCAGGUUAUUUUAAAGCAUUAGAAGUGAGUGAGAGAUUUUUAAUGUUGCUCUUAGGAAAACUGAUUUCUGUCAUUCUGGACCAUAGUCCUUGUCAUGCAUUUAAGAAAGGCAGAACCCACAGUUAACCAAACCAGAUAAACUUUAAUGUAACACCCAUUCUUUGUUACUUUUAGUUGGGGCAUCUUUCAGAGAUAAAGGGAUAAUGGGCUAAUUGUCAUUAGGAAGCUCUGAAAACACAAAUCCUAAAAAUUUAGAGCACUAUAACUUUAAAGCUGAAAUUACAAAGAGACUAGAGUGUAAAUCAUGUUUAAUAAGAAAUAGGAACUUGUUACCUUUUUGUACAGCAACUACCAUCCGUUCUGGAAACAGCUUUAAUAGUUCGUUGAGUUCCUCCUCUCCCUAGUGAAACUGGGAAGUAUUGGAUGCUUUGUUUUAUGCACUUGUGAUGGGCAGCUUAGGCUUUUGCACAGCACAUUUAUUCUUUGCCAUUUUCUUUAUUUUCCUUCUAUUUUUUCUUCAGAAAUAUAUAGAUAUCAGAAUCUGUUCAUAGAGUAAGUUUUCAAAGUUUUACCGUGACUCAGCAACUCCUCAAGGUUAAGGCUGAAUGAGUGCACAGUGCUUCAAAUAAUUACUCACAGUUUGAGUUAUAAACAGACACUCCAAACUUCAUGGAUGUAUUUAUUUCAAGCAAUAUAAUUUCUUUUUCCCCCAAAUUAAUAUUGGUGGAAAGAUAGUGUCAUGUAAGUGUACUUUCACAUUAAAGUUUGAUAAGGUAGUUUUUACUCUCUACAUAGUACAUUAAUUUGUAAGCAGAAACUCAAGAAAACAGGUGUGAUUUCAGGGUUCUUCACACAUAGCUUCAGAACAGUUUAAGUGCCUGUAUCCUGAACACAUUAAUGUCCCUCUGUUAUACGAUAGGGUUUAGCCACAAUUCUGACGUGGUGUGUUAUGGUACGAGUAUGGGGAACAUGUUGGUAGUCUCACUUGGGCAAGCAAAUAUGCUAUUCAAUGAAGAUGACAUCUGGUGUGAUAUGGAUAAGCAGGAAGAAGGUUGAACUCUGACUGCAUCCAACUAGAACUUUUCUCAAGAUUAUCUGGUUAGUUAACUAUUCACAAAUAUCUGUAUUCACAGAUAUUUGACUUUUAUGGAUAUCUGUUGAUUCUUAAUGUGCCUAUGGCUAAGGGAUAUAAAGGAGGAUCAUUAUUUCAUGUUAACUGUGUGUGCUGCUGUUUUUUAAAGUUUAUCAUAAUAUUCAAUUUGGUUCUAGAAUAUCCAAAGUAAAAAGGAUGAAAUUAUAAACCAAAUAGUCAAGUUUUAAUAUAUAAACUGUUAGCAAAGAAAUAUUCUUCCAAAUUAACUUUUGUUUUUAAAUCUAAUAAAUGAAUAUUAAAUAAUUUUGUA